AUGCGUUUUGGCUCGGGCAGCUACGACGUUCGUCGAAGUGAAGGACUAAACCCCUCGCUGUUGGCUGCGUCUCGCAACGAAAUUACCUGUACCGUUUCGUUUCUGGAUUCUACUGAACGGCAGUUUCAAAUCGAUAGACACGCCUUUGGCUCCGUGCUUCUCGAAAAGGUGUUUGCACAUUUGGAGCUGGUCGAGAAGGACUUCUUCGGGUUGCAAUUUCUUUAUGUUCUCGGCACAAAAGAAACUCAAAAACGGUGGCUCGAUCCUAAGAAGCCGAUUCGGAAACAGAUGAUCUGUCCACCCUUUCAUCUCUCCUUCCGGGUAAAGUUCUACGUCAGUGACCCUAGUAAACUUUGCGAAGAGUAUACAAGGUACCACUUCUUUCUGCAAUUACGACUUGAUAUGCUCGAAGGUCGUCUACCGAGUGCCGAGGGCUCACUAGCACUUCUGGCAAGUUAUGCAGUUCAAUCUGAGCUGGGUGACUACUCACCAGAUGACCAUCCAGAGGGUUAUCUCAACCAUUUUCGAUUCGCUCCCUCUCAAUCCACUGAUUUUCCGAAGAGGGUAGCCGAACUGCACGCGUUGCAUAGAGGCCAAAGUCCCGCAGAAGCUGAAUACAACUUUCUUGAUCACGCCAAGCGGCUCGAUAUGUACGGCGUAGAGCUCUAUCCAGCCAAGGAUGCCAAAAACGUUCCUAUUGGAAUCGGUGUGAACUCGUACGGAAUGGUGAUUUUCCAUGAGGGCAAGAAGAUUAAUGAAUUCGCAUGGGCGACGAUUAUGAAAAUCAGUUUUAGAAAGAAGGAUUUCCUUGUACAGAUUAAAUUUGGAGAUCAAAACACCUCGGAUACCGUGGUCUCGUUUCACGUGAAUUCAGCAUCGGCUUGUAAGCAGCUCUGGAAGGCUUGCAUUGAGCACCACACGUUCUUUCGCCUUAUCGCUCCACCUCUUGCUCCGCCCCGUGGGCUAUUAUCGAUUGGCAGCAAGUAUCGAUAUUGCUUUCAUUCUGAACUCCUGGAACUGUUUUAA